UCUCUCUCCCCCACACACACGCACACUCUUAUAGAGAGAGUAUUUGAUACAAAGCCGGAACGUAAACAUCAUACCAAAUCGAGACUCUCCAAAUUUUCUUUUUAAGUUUUCUUUUCAUCCAAACAACUUUAAUUAUUCUCUCUCUCCAAAAGUGAUUACGGUUCGUUUUCUGGUUACGCGAAAGAUCUUAAACAUUAUACCAAAUCCAGACUUCCGAAAAUUUCUUAUUCUCUUUCCAAAAGAGACCCACUGUUCGUUUUUCUGGCUACGCAAAAGAUCUUUGAUUCUUAUAACAUAAGGCACGUGACAGUGUGUGUUUCGCUUUACCUCGCAAUACCGUUCGGGAAUGUUCUUGGCUUUGAUUAAACCUUGAAGCAAUCCAAACACUCUCAGAUCUGCAACUCUGUUUCUUCUCUCUCUUCAAUUUCGCGUUUUCACUUCUUUUGGGGUUUCGGACGUCCACAGUUGAUCAGAGCUCAUCAGCGAAAUAACAUAGAGAGGAAUUUGACGGUUUUUAUUUAAAGUGGCUAAAUGGCCACACUGGGAGAUAUAGGGCUUUCAGCUGUUAUUAAUAUUCUCACUGCAAUAAUUUUCUUAGUGGCAUUUGCCAUACUGCGGCUUCAACCUUUCAACGACAGGGUAUAUUUCCCAAAAUGGUAUCUUAAGGGUUUACGAAGCAGUCCGUCACGCUCUGGAACCUUUGUAAGCAAGUUUAUCAAUUUGGACUUCAAGUCGUAUGCGAAGUUUCUGAAUUGGAUGCCAGCUGCACUGAAGAUGCCAGAACUUGAGCUUAUUGAUCACGCAGGACUGGACUCUGCUGUUUAUUUGCGAAUUUACUUGCUAGGACUCAAAAUUUUUGUUCCUAUUGCGUUCCUUGCAUGGACUAUCCUGGUACCUGUUAAUUGGACAAAUAGCACUUCGAAGUUAACAAAAGAGUUACCAAAAGUAACUUACAGCGACAUUGAUAGGCUUUCUAUUUCAAACAUUCCACUCGGAUCACAUAGGUUUUGGGCACAUAUAUUGAUGAUCUAUGUCUUUACUUUUUGGGCAUGCUAUGUAUUACAAAAGGAGUACGCAACAGUUGCAUCAAUGCGGUUGCAUUUUCUCGCAUCGGAAAGACGCCGUCCAGAUCAGUUUACAGUCCUUGUUAGGAAUGUGCCACCAGAUCCUGAUGAAUCAGUUAGCGAACUUGUAGAGCACUUUUUCCUGGUCAACCAUCCAGACCACUAUCUUCUUCAUCAGUCUGUAUACGAUGCCAAUAAACUAGCGAAAUUGGUCAAGGAUAAGAAAAGUAAGCAGAAUUGGCUUGACUACUACCAACUAAAAUAUUCUAGAAAUCAAUCAAAACGGCCCAUCAUGAAGACUGGUUUUCUUGGCCUUUGUGGAGAUAAAAAGGAUGCUAUUGAUUUUCACAUGUCUGAAAUCCAGAGACUUACUGAAGAAAUAGCUGCUGAACGAAAAGUGGUUACGAACAAUCCCAAGUCUAUCAUGCCAGCAGCAUUCGUCUCCUUCAAAACUCGGUGGGGUGCUGCUGUCUGUGCACAAACCCAACAAUCCAGAAAUCCAACUCUGUGGUUAACCGAGUGGGCUCCAGAGCCACGCGAUGUGUUUUGGAACAACCUGGCAAUUCCUUACGUUUCACUCACAAUUAGGAAGCUUAUAAUUGCUGUUGCCUUCUUCUUCUUGACUUUCUUUUUCAUGAUUCCAAUCACAUUUGUGCAAUCCCUUGCAAACAUUGAGGGUAUUGAGAAAGCAGCACCAUUCCUGAAGCCAAUCAUUGAAAUAAAGUUCAUCAAGUCAUUCAUUCAAGGUUUUCUACCCGGGAUUGCUUUGAAGCUUUUUCUCAUUUUUCUGCCAGCAAUAUUGAUGCUGAUGUCUAAAUUUGAAGGGUUUAUAGCCAUAUCAGCUUUAGAAAGGAGAUCUGCAUCUAGAUAUUAUCUCUUCAACUUUGUGAACGUAUUCCUGGGAAGCAUAAUCGCUGGAUCGGCAUUUGAACAGCUAAAUACUUUUAUGAAACAGUCGGCUAACGAUAUUCCUAAAACAAUUGGUGUAGCAAUUCCAAUGAAAGCAACUUUCUUUAUCACUUAUAUAAUGGUUGAUGGAUGGGCUGGUAUUGCUGGUGAGAUAUUAAGAUUGAAACCGCUGAUAAUCUUCCACUUGAAGAAUUUUUUCUUGGUGAAGACUGAAAAGGAUAGGGAGGAAGCAAUGGAUCCAGGAAGUCUUGGUUUUAACACUGGCGAACCUCAAAUACAAUUUUAUUUCUUACUAGGCCUUGUUUAUGCUGUGGUGACUCCAGUACUACUUCCUUUCAUAAUAGUUUUCUUUGGCCUGGCCUAUGUUGUAUUUCGUCAUCAGGUUAUAAAUGUCUACCACCAAGAGUAUGAAAGUGCUGCAGCAUUCUGGCCUGAUGUCCAUGGACGUGUAAUAGCUGCAUUGGUUAUUUCACAGCUGCUUUUAAUGGGAUUGGUGAGCACGAAAGAAGCUGCUCAGUCGGCACCAUUUCUCAUUGCACUUCCAGUACUGACAAUAUGGUUCCAUAUAUACUGCAAGGGCCGUUAUGAAUCCGCAUUUGUCAAAUACCCUUUACAGGAAGCGAUGAUGAAAGAUACUCUGGAGCGUGCAAGGGAACCAAAUUUGAAUUUGAAAGGCUACCUUCAAAAUGCUUAUGUUCAUCCCGUUUUCAAAGCCGACAGUGAUGAUGAAGAUGAGGAAUUUAAUGCCACGUGGGAGAAGGAGAACGUGCUGGUCCCCACGAAACGUCAGUCACGAAGAAACACCCCAGUGCCAAGCAAAAUCAGUGGUUCCUCCUCACCUUCGAUUCCCGACAUUGUUAAGGAGCAGCCAUAGGGUGCACGUGUUUGUACAUUUGGCCCCUCACAUUGUUGAAGCAGUUGAGGAGGUGCAACUGUAAAUUAGAUGAGAGAUAUAGGUCGAUUGGUUGUAUAGGGAGUGACAAAUUAGUGCAGCCUCUGGUUUUCUGAACUCCGGGACAGCGACUUUGAACUGUAUUGCAGACAGGCCGAAGUAUAGAAUGACAAGAGGCUGCUACGAGGCUUGUAUUUUGUGAAAUUUCUUAUAUGAAAAUCUUUGAUGAUUGUACAUUAACAAAGAUAAAUGUGACCACCGUGUUCUUGAUCUACUGAAGUCGAAUGUUGUUCUUGCUA